AUGCCAAUAGUAAUACCUAUUCAAAUAAUGUAUCAGUCAAUAUUGGAUAACAAAAAUAUUUUCAAUGAUGUAGGGAGAAGAAGCUUUAGUGAUGGGAAAUUAUUUGAAAGGGGAUUAAAGAGUAAUGACGGUUUUCUAUAUGAAAAACCACUAGUUAUACGUUCAGAUUGGGCAGCUUCUUCAAUUGCCAAAUUUAAAGAAUUAAUAGAAAAUAGUACUUGUGAUAUUCACCAUAGCGGUAGGUAUGGGAAACAUAAUUUGUAUAAAUUAAUAUCUUUGACUGAAUUAUUAUUUUAUGCCAAUGAUGCAUUUGGUGAUAGCAAAUGGACUAUUGAUGUAAUCGAUAGCAAUUCUAUUAAAAAUGAAGUUUUUGAUAAAUCAAAUAUAUUUGUUGAAUCACAAGUUCGAAUAACAUUAAAAGACGGCACUAGUUCUCAAGCAAUUGGUAUUGCAUUUUUAACAUCAAAAAAUGAAAAAUCUUUAGAUGAUGCCAAAAAAAUAGCUUAUAAUGAUGCAUUAAAACAAGUAUUAUUAAGCUUUAUCAAAUAA